CAGGGCGCCGGCUGGACGCAGGGCGGGCGCGCAGUCCCUUCGGGGCUCCCUCUGCGGCCGCAGCCCCCUCCCCGCUCCUCCCCGUCCUUUCCCCGCUCCUGUGACGGCGAGGCCCCGAGCGGACUUUGGCCCGGGGAGGUGCUGCCCUCCCCGGCCGCCGAGGAUUCCUUGCCCAGGGCGCCUCCCUGGCGAGAGCCAGACGCGGCGGGCAAGGGGUACCGCGAGGACGCGACGCCGAGAUGCCGCCGCCCGGCUUGCUGCUGCUCCUGCUGGCCCCGGCCCUGGCCUGGGUGGCGCCCCCCGACCGACCGCACGACGAGCCGGGCGCCCUCCUCUUCGCCGCCGACUACAACAGCAGCGCCGAAGCCGUCUUCUUCGAGAGCACGUCCGCCAGCUGGGAGUACAACACCAACCUGACCGACUACAACAGCCAGAAGCAGAUAGAAGCCUCUUUGAACGAGCAGGAAUUCAUAGAGGCUUGGGGGCAGAAAGCAAAGGACAGCUAUGGUUCUAUCUGGCAGAACUUCAGUGAUCCUCAACUGAAAAAAAUCAUCAGCUCCAUCCAAACAUUGGGGCCUUCCAACUUACCCGUGGACAAGCGACAACUGUAUAACACGAUCUUGAGUGAGAUGGACAGCAUCUACUCUACUGCAAAAGUGUGCCCACCAAACCAGAACUCCAGCUGUUGGUCCCUAGAACCAGAGAUAACAGACAUCAUGGCCACCUCUCGCAGUUACAGGAAGCUGUUGUAUGCCUGGGAAAGCUGGCACAAUGCAGCUGGCAUUCCACUGAGGGCCAAGUAUGAGGACUUCGUGUCACUAAGCAACGAGGCCUACAGAAUGGAUGGAUUCAAGGAUACUGGAGCUUACUGGCGCUCCAAAUAUGAUUCACCCACUUUUGAGGAUGAUCUGGAGAACCUUUAUCAUCAGCUGGAGGAACUCUACUUAAAUCUCCAUGCUUUUGUCAGGAGGAAGUUGUAUGAGCGAUAUGGCCCAAAAUACAUCAAUCUGAAAGGCCCCAUUCCAGCUCACUUACUGGGUAACAUGUGGGCCCAGCAGUGGAACAACAUUUAUGACAUGAUGAUCCCUUUUCCCAACAAACCUAAUCUUGAUGUCACCGAUACAAUGAGACAAAAAAACUGGAAUGCAACACACAUGUUCCGGGUUGCGGAGGAGUUCUUCACAUCACUUGAUAUGCUGGAAAUGCCACCUGAAUUCUGGGAGAGCUCGAUGUUGGAGAAGCCAACAGAUGGGCGGGAAGUGGUCUGCCAUGCAUCAGCAUGGGAUUUCUUCAAUCGCAAAGAUUUCAGGAUAAAGCAGUGCACAACAGUCACCAUGGAGCAGCUAUUCACAGUCCACCACGAGAUGGGGCAUGUUGAAUACUAUCUGCAGUACAAGGACCAGCCUAUCACUUUCCGCAGUGGGGCCAACCCCGGUUUCCAUGAAGCCAUAGGAGAUGUCAUGAGCUUGUCUGUCUCUACCCCCAGCCACCUGCAGAAAAUUGGGCUACUCAGCCAAGUCACUGAGGAUGCAGACAGUGAUAUCAACUAUCUACUGAAAAUGGCCUUGGAGAAGAUUGCCUUCCUUCCCUUUGGCUACCUGAUAGAUCAGUGGAGAUGGAAUGUCUUUAGUGGGCGCACAACUCCCAGCCGUUACAACUACGAUUGGUGGUAUCUGAGAACAAAAUACCAAGGAAUUUGUCCUCCUAUCGCAAGGAAUGAGACGCAUUUUGACCCUGGCGCCAAAUACCACAUUCCUGGCAAUACACCUUACAUCAGGUAUUUCGUUAGUUUCAUCCUGCAGUUCCAGUUCCACAAGGCUCUCUGUCAAGCUGCCAAUCACACUGGCCCUCUUCACACCUGUGACAUCUACCAGUCCAAAGAAGCUGGAAGGAAACUCAGUGAGGCACUGAGGGCUGGAUCUUCCCAGCCAUGGCAGGAUAUUCUCCAGCAGCUCACCAGCACAAAUCAGAUGGAUGCAACUGCAUUGCGGGAAUACUUCAGCCCUUUGACUGUGUGGCUGAAGCAACAGAACAGCCAAAUGAAUGAAACCCUGGGCUGGCCAGAUUUUGAGUGGCGUCCUCCUGUCCCAGAGGGAUACCCAGAAGGCAUUGAUAAAAUAUCUGAUGAAGCAGUGGCCCAAACAUUCUUGAUGGAGUACAACAGCACAGCUGAAGUGGUCUGGAACGCUUACACAGAGGCCUCGUGGGCAUACAACAUCAACAUCACAGACUACAACAAACAGAUCAUGUUAGAAAAGAAUCUGGAUAUGUCAAGCCACACACUUCAGUAUGGCUUGCAGGCUCGGCAGUUUGAUUCAACUGACUUCCAGGACCCCAGGAUCAAGCGCAUUUUAAAGAAACUGAGUGACAUAGAGCGAGCAGCCCUAUCUGAGGAGGAGCUGAAGGAGUAUAAUCAGCUCCUCUCAGACAUGGAGACGACUUACAGUGUAGCCAAAGUCUGCAAAGGAGAAAAUGGUUGCAAGGCACUGGAUCCUGACCUUACAGACAUCAUGGCUGAAUCAAGAGACUAUGAUGAACUCCGUAACACCUGGAAAGACUGGAGGGAUGUGUCGGGGAAAAAAAUCCGUGACCAGUACAAGAGAUACGUCAUUCUGAGCAAUAAAGCUGCUAGACUGAAUGGGCAUGCGGACAAUGGUGCUUUCUGGAGGUCCUUGUAUGAAACACCCACGCUUGAAGCUGACCUGGAGAGCAUCUGGCAGCAGCUUCAGCCGUUAUACCUCAACGUGCAUGCCUACGUACGCAGGGCUCUCUACAAGAGAUACGGUGCUGAGCACAUCAACCUCAAGGGCCCCAUUCCAGCUCAUUUGCUAGGGAACAUGUGGGCUCAGUCAUGGGCGAACAUUUUUGAGCUUGUGAUGCCCUUUCCUAAUGCUACCAAAGUGGAUGCAACACCAGCCAUGAAAAGUCAGGGUUGGACCCCAAAGAUGAUGUUUGAACAGUCAGACAGCUUCUUUAAAUCCCUGGGCCUCAUCCCUAUGCCACCAGAGUUUUGGAGCCGGUCCAUGCUGGAGAAGCCAACAGAUGGCAGGGAAGUGGUGUGCCAUGCCUCAGCCUGGGACUUCUACAACCGCAAGGAUUUCAGGAUUAAACAGUGCACCGUUGUGAAUAUGGACGAUUUGAUCACGGCUCACCAUGAAAUGGGCCACGUGCAAUACUUCCUGCAGUACAAAGACCAGCCAAUCUCCUUCCGUGAUGGGGCCAAUCCCGGGUUCCAUGAAGCCAUUGGAGACGUCAUGGCCUUGUCAGUGUCCACCCCAAAGCACCUGCAUAGCAUCCAUCUGCUGGAUCAGGUGGAAGACAGCCCAGAGAGUGACAUUAACUACCUGAUGAGCAUUGCACUGGAUAAGAUUGCCUUCCUGCCCUUCGGCUACCUAAUGGACCAAUGGAGGUGGAAAGUGUUUGACGGGCGCAUUAAGGAUGAUGAGUACAAUCAACAGUGGUGGAACCUCAGAUUGAAAUACCAAGGUUUAUGCCCACCUGUACCCAGAUCAGAAGAGGAUUUUGACCCAGGGGCAAAAUUCCAUAUUCCUGCCAAUGUCCCUUAUGUCAGAUACUUUGUCAGUUUCAUAAUCCAGUUCCAGUUCCACCAAGCUCUGUGUGAAGCUGCUGGCCAUGUGGGGCCCUUGCACAAGUGUGAUAUCUAUCAGUCAAAGGAAGCUGGAACAAUUCUAGGGAAUGCCUUGAAGUUAGGCUACAGCAAGCCAUGGCCUGAAGCCAUGCAGCUUAUCACAGGACAGCCCAACAUGUCAGCUGAAGCCUUGUUGACCUAUUUCCAACCACUGACAAACUGGCUAAUUAAAGAGAAUGAGAAAAAUACGGAAAGCUUGGGCUGGCCUGAAUACUCCUGGAUACCUUAUGCAGAUGCUCUUCCAGGCCAAGGUCCUUUGCCAGAACAAGUAGAAGAGAAUGACGGAGUCCAUUUCCUGGGGAUGUCUUUGGACAGCAGCAAAGCAGCAAUAGGCCUGUGGGUCUUGUUUAGCCUUGGGCUGCUCCUCUUCAUUGCCACACUCAUCUUGGGGUGCAAAUUCCUCUUGGACAGAAGCAGAGCCUUCAAAUCCCCCUUUGAAAUGGAACUGAAAUAAUCUGAAUGUCUUCAAGUUUGCCUCCCUAUGAGUGCGCAAAGGGACUGUGGGAGGCUGUGUGCAUGCAGCUGAGCUAUUUUUUCUGGAUCAAAGAGGGGUGUGGUAAUUCUAAUGAGUGUGGGAGCGUGUGUGCGUGUGCAUGUUCAAAGGAUGUCUACAGAAAGGCAAAUAGCUUGUGUGUAUCUAAAGCAUGGAUGUUGUGUUUGUGUUCCCAUGAGUCUGGUGAGUGUGUGACCACAUAAGCUGUGAGAGUGCGUAUGUACGUAUUCACACAAUGCAUAUCUGCACAGGGGCUGUACACCUUCCAGAUGUGCAUUUGUGCAUUUGAGUUCUGAGUGUGUGCACUUCUGUCCUGGCCUAGUUUGAAGACAUGAAACAUUUUUGUGUGCAAGUGUUCAUGGGUUCAGCAUGUGUGUCCUACUAUAAAUUGCAGCCUUGUACAUGCAGGGCAGUUGUGCCAACCUCUGCCUUCCGAUUAGUAAACAAACAAACAUCUUUUUGACUAUGCAAGAGCCAAAGCAGAGACCAUCACUAUUUGGAAAUGUUUGGAUUCUUGAAAGAAGAAAGAUGAAGAAAAAGAAAGAAGAAUGGGGCAGUAUCAUUAAAUUUGGGUUUAAGGACAAUGGGUGUUGACUUACAGCUGACUCAGAGGGCUUCCUAAGUUUCGGUUAUAUUCAUUUGUAGAGAGGAUUAAUUCUACAAGGAUUGUCCCAAACCCAUUACUAUAACUCUGGUUGGUGGCACUGAAUACCACAAAUUUGAGAUGUGAGAUUUCUCCAAAAGGUUGGGGAAGGGUGUGUGUGUGUUUGCUUGCUUCAGGCAGUUUGUUAAAAGCUGUUUGAUGCACAGAUGAAAAUUAAAGUGAAUCACGAU